AUGAGUGACCAACCAACCCGACCCCUGGCCAACCCGCGAAACCUACCGCACCGCCCUCCGAAACCCGAAGAACCCAACGCCCCCCUCUUCUUCCACCCCUUCCAAGAGACUCUCGAGCCAGCAGACAAACCAGACUACCCAACCCACAAGCCAACCUGGGAAGAGUAUCAAAACAUACGAGCCCUGCAUAUCUAUAUCCAGAACUCCCUGACUCGCGUAACCCAGAGAGGCUAUCCAAGUCCCAUAGGCAUCACCUAUAAAGCCUGGGGCGACUUCAACUUCGAAGCACUCUUCGAGCCCCAUUACUUCUGGCAUGUCUCGCUCACAUGUCGUACCCCGAUGGACAUCCACCUUCCGCAUAUGAAAUGUCUCCUGGCGAAUGAUAUCCCGGGUGAUGACCAACUCACGCGGGGCGAGUUGAUCUGUACUGUGAAUCUUAUGGUGGGUCGGUUGCAUACGAGACAUCUUCGGCCGCAUGUGGUGGCUCCGGUCAUGUUAUUCUCCCUCCUGGGACCACAGCAUCUUCGGGUUUUGGAGGCGUAUUAUAAUGGGGUCAAUCUGGUGGUGCAGAAAACGAGGCUGUAUGAUAUGAUGGAGUAUGAUGAGGGACUUAUGGAUUUGCUUAUGAAGUGGUGGGUGGGGCAUGCGGUUGGGGAGACGGAGUUGAUUACUCGGGAUAUUCUUGUUUCGUGACUUAUUUAUCUUAUGUUGUCAUGCGUUCAUGUGUGAGCUUACGGCGACGAUCAUAUUUGUAUCCUUUUUUUUGGGCGCUUGGUAGGGCCAGUUGGGUUCAUUGCUUUGUGGGAUGAUAUCAAAGGGACUGGAUUACAGUCCGAGGGAAUGCGAAUUAGAUUCGAAGAAGCCUUAUCAAGGAUGAAUAGGGAUUCUGUGUUGACAUGC